GGCGCAGGAGGGGUGGGGGGCUGCGAGCAGGGCCAAGGGCAGGGAAGGAGACGCUCUGGAAGCAUGGCAGGGAUGGGCGUGUGUGAGCCGCAGCGGCAGGAGUGUCUGGGGGUGUGUCCAGCCUCAUUCCUGCCUACUUGGGGCAUGUGGGGGGGUGGCGGCCCUAGAACGCUUGUCCACGUGCAUGCCUGUGGCCUCCGAAGAGUCCCGGGCUCCCCAUCUGACAGCUGUCCUCGGCCCCCCGGCAGCCGCCUGUGAUGCUGCUGUCCCCUGUCGCCCCGUGGCCCCACGAUGACCCACAGCCCCGCAUCAAGCGAGGACGAGGAACGCCACAGUGCCAGCGAGUGUCCCGAGGGGGGCUCAGAGUCCGACAGCUCCCCAGACGGGCCCAGCAGAGGCCCCCGGGGGACCCGGGGCCAGGGCAGCGGAGCACCUGGUAGUCUGGCCUCCACCCGAGGCCUCCAGGGCCGCUCCAUGUCUGUCCCGGACGACGCCCACUUCAGCAUGAUGGUCUUCCGGAUUGGCAUCCCGGACCUGCACCAGACAAAAUGUCUGCGCUUCAACCCCGAUGCCACCAUCUGGACAGCCAAGCAGCAGGUGCUCUGCGCCCUGAGCGAGAGCCUGCAGGAUGUGCUCAACUACGGUCUGUUCCAGCCGGCCACCUCAGGCCGCGAUGCCAACUUUCUGGAGGAGGAGCGGCUGCUUCGGGAGUACCCCCAGUCUUUUGAGAAGGGGGUGCCCUACCUGGAGUUCCGAUACAAGACCCGGGUUUACAAACAGACCAACCUGGAUGAGAAGCAGCUGGCCAAAUUGCACACGAAGACGGGGUUGAAGAAGUUCCUGGAGUAUGUGCAGCUCGGGACGUCCGACAAGGUGGCGAGGCUGCUGGACAAGGGGCUGGACCCCAAUUAUCAUGACUCGGAUUCAGGAGAGACCCCCCUGACUCUGGCUGCCCAGACUGAAGGCUCCGUAGAGGUGAUUCGAACCCUGUGCCUGGGAGGGGCCCACAUCGACUUCCGGGCCCGGGAUGGCAUGACAGCGCUACACAAAGCUGCGUGUGCCCGUCACUGCCUCGCUCUCACGGCACUCCUGGACCUCGGGGGCUCCCCCAACUACAAGGACCGCCGAGGCCUGACCCCUCUGUUCCAUACGGCUAUGGUGGGGGGCGACCCCCGCUGCUGCGAGCUGCUGCUGUACAACAGAGCCCAGCUGGGCAUUGCUGAUGAGAACGGCUGGCAGGAGAUUCACCAGGCCUGCCAGCGGGGUCACUCUCAGCACCUGGAACACCUGCUCUUCUACGGGGCUGAGCCCGGAGCCCAGAACGCCUCGGGGAACACGGCCUUGCACAUCUGCGCCCUCUACAAUAAGGAGACCUGUGCUCGGAUCCUCCUCUAUCGAGGGGCCAACAAGGAUGUGAAGAAUAACAAUGGACAGACCCCCUUCCAGGUGGCAGUGAUUGCUGGGAAUUUUGAAUUGGGGGAGCUGAUCCGAAACCAUCGAGAACAGGAUGUGGUGCCCUUCCAGGAGUCCCCCAAGUAUGCAGCCCGGCGACGGGGACCCCCAGGCGCAGGGCUGACAGUGCCCCCGGCACUGCUUCGGGCCAACAGUGAUACCAGCAUGGCCCUGCCUGACUGGAUGGUGUUUGCCGCCCCGGGGACCUCGUCCUCUGGGGCCCCUGGCCCUACCUCAGGGCCCCAGGGCCAGUCGCAGCCCUCGGCUCCCAGCACCAAGCUCAGCAGUGGGACUCUCCGAAGUGCCAGCAGCCCCCGGGGCGCCCGGGCCCGCUCCCCAUCCCGCGGGAGGCACCCCGAAGAGGCCAAGAGGCAGCCCCGUGGACGGCCCAGCUCCAGCGGGACGCCCAGGGAAGGGCCAGCAGGGGGCACGGGGGGCUCGGGGGGCCCUGGGGGCUCCCUGGGCAGCCGCGGGAGGCGCAGGAAGCUCUACUCAGCGGUACCCGGACGCUCCUUCAUGGCCGUGAAGUCUUACCAGGCCCAAGCGGAGGGGGAGAUUUCCCUGAGCAAGGGGGAGAAGAUCAAAGUGCUUAGCAUCGGGGAAGGAGGCUUCUGGGAAGGCCAGGUCAAAGGUCGUGUUGGCUGGUUCCCCUCUGACUGCCUAGAAGAGGUGGCGAACCGCUCCCAGGAGGGAAAGCAAGAAAGCCGCAGCGACAAGGCAAAGAGACUCUUCCGGCAUUAUACCGUGGGCUCCUACGACAGCUUUGAUGCCCCAAGAAGCUUGAUGGAUGGGAUUGGCCCAGGGAGUGAUUACAUCAUUAAAGAGAAGACGGUCUUGCUGCAGAAGAAGGACAGUGAGGGGUUUGGGUUCGUGCUUCGGGGGGCCAAGGCGCAGACCCCCAUCGAGGAGUUCACCCCCACCCCGGCCUUCCCGGCGCUGCAGUAUCUGGAGUCUGUGGACGAGGGUGGCGUGGCAUGGAGAGCUGGACUGAGGAUGGGAGACUUCCUCAUCGAGGUGAACGGGCAGAACGUGGUGAAGGUUGGCCACCGGCAGGUGGUGAACAUGAUCCGCCAAGGGGGCAACACGCUGAUGGUCAAGGUGGUGAUGGUCACCAGGCACCCGGACAUGGAUGAGGCUGUCCAUAAGAAAGCACCCCAGCAGGCUAAGCGGCUCCCGCCCCCAGCCAUCUCUCUGCGUUCCAAGUCUAUGACUUCAGAGCUGGAGGACAUGGAGUAUGAGCAGCAGCCUGCGCCGGUGCCCAGCAUGGAGAAAAAGCGGACCGUGUAUCAGAUGGCUCUCAACAAACUGGAUGAAAUUUUGGCGGCAGCCCAGCAGACCAUCAGUGCAAGCGAGAGUCCUGGACCUGGUGGCCUUGCGUCGCUGGGCAAACACCGGCCCAAAGGCUUCUUUGCCACGGAGUCAAGCUUCGAUCCGCACCACCGCUCGCAGCCAAGUUAUGAACGUCCUUCUUACCUGCCUCCGGGACCUGGGCUUAUGCUCCGGCAAAAAUCUAUUGGGGCUGCAGAAGAUGAAAGACCCUACCUAGCCCCCCCAGCCAUGAAGUUCAGUCGCAGCCUGUCUGUGCCUGGCUCGGAGGACAUCCCCCCGCCGCCCACCACGUCCCCACCGGAGCCCCCCUACAGCACACCUCCAGCCCCCUCCUCCUCUGGCCGCCUCACCCCAUCCCCCAGAGGGGGGCCCUUCAACCCCAGUUCGGGUGGCCCCCUCCCCUCCUCUUCCCCCGCAUCCUUUGAUGGACCUCCCCCCGACACGCGUGUAGGGGGCCGUGAGAAGAGCCUGUACCACAGCGGUUUCAAAGGGCCCCUGGUCAAGCAGACCAAAGUCGAAGGCGAGCCUCAGAAGGGCGGCGGCCUCCCUCCCGCCCCCUCGCCCACGUCUCCGGCGUCCCCGCAGCCGCCGCCGGCCGCGGCCGCCCCCUCGGAGAAGAACUCCAUCCCCAUCCCUACCAUCAUCAUCAAGGCUCCGUCCACCAGUAGCAGCGGCCGCAGCAGCCAGGGCAGCAGCACCGAGGCGGAACCCCCCACCCAGCCCGAGGCUGCCGGUGGCGGCGGCGGCGGCUCCUCGGCGCCGAGCCCCGCCCCGGCCAUGUCUCCGGUGCCGCCGUCCCCCUCGCCCGUGCCCACCCCCACCUCGCCCAGCGGCCCCGCCACCCUGGAUUUCACCAGCCAGUUCGGAGCGGCCCUGGUGGGGGCGGCCCGGAGGGAAGGGGGCUGGCAGAACGAAGCCCGCCGGCGAUCCACGCUCUUCCUCUCCACCGACGCGGGGGACGAGGAUGGCGGCGACGGCGGGCUGGGCCCAGGGGCGCCCCCGGGUCCCCGGCUGCGCCACUCGAAAUCCAUCGAUGAAGGCAUGUUCUCCGCCGAGCCCUACCUCCGGCUGGAGUCUGCAGGCGCGGGGAGUAGCGGCGGCUACGGGGCUUACGGGGCUGGCGGCCGCGCCUACGGGGGCAGCGGGGGCAGCAGCGCCUUCACCAGCUUCCUGCCGCCCCGACCCCUGGUCCACCCGCUGACCGGCAAGGCCCUGGACCCCGCCUCCCCGCUCGGGCUGGCCCUGGCAGCCCGAGAGCGGGCGCUGAAGGAGUCCUCGGAGGGUGGUGGGCCCUCCCAGCCCCCUCCAAGGCCCCCAUCGCCCCGCUACGAGGCCCCGCCGCCCACCCCACACCACCACUCGCCCCACGCCCACCAUGAGCCAGUGCUGCGUCUCUGGGGGGCCUCACCACCGGACCCCGCCCGCCGGGAGCUGGGGUACCGGGCAGGCCUGGGCAGCCAGGAGAAGUCCCUUCCGGCCAGCCCUCCAGCUGCCCGACGCUCCUUGCUGCACCGCUUGCCCCCCACAGCUCCCGGGGUCGGGCCCCUCCUCCUCCAGCUGGGGCCGGAGCCACCGCCCCCGCACCCCGGGGUGAGCAAGGCGUGGAGGUCGGGAGCCCCCGAGGAGCCAGAACGGCUGCCCCUACACGUGCGGUUCCUUGAGAACUGCCAGCCCAGAGCCAGUGGGGCGGGGGGAAGGGGACCCCCCUCGGAAGACGGGCCGGGGGUUCAGCCGCCCAGCCCACGCCGGUCCGUCCCGCCCUCGCCGACCUCCCCGCGGGGCAGUGAAGAGAAUGGGCUUCCCCUGCUAGUCCUGCCGCCCCCUGCUCCCUCCGUGGAUGUGGAAGAUGGCGAAUUCCUCUUUGUGGAACCGCUGCCCCCGCCUCUGGAGUUCUCCAACAGCUUCGAGAAGCCAGAGUCGCCACUCACACCUGGGCCUCCGCAUCCGCUGCCGGACCCACCCACCCCAACCACCCCACUGCCCCCUGUGCCACCACCUCCUGUUGCCGCCGCACCUCCCACCCUGGACUCCACAGCAUCCAGCCUGACUUCCUAUGACAGUGAAGUGGCCACACUGACCCAGGGGGCCCCCGUGGCUCCAGGGGACCCCCCUCCGCCAGGCCCACCGGCCCCGGCUGCCCCUGCUCCUCCGGCCCCGCAGCCUGGUCCAGACCCACCUCCUGGCACCGAUUCGGGUAUUGAGGAGGUGGACAGUCGGAGCAGCAGUGACCACCCUCUGGAGACCAUUAGCAGCGCGUCCACACUGAGCAGCCUUUCUGCCGAAGGUGGUGGCAGCGCCGGAGGCGGUGGUGGCGGCGGCGGGGGGGCCAGUGUGGCCAGUGGGCCAGAGCUUCUGGACACAUACGUGGCCUACCUGGACGGCCAGGCCUUCGGGGGGAGUGGUACUCCUGGCCCACCAUAUCCCCCGCAGCUCAUGACUCCUUCUAAGCUCCGGGGCCGGGCUCUGGGGACUGGUGGAGGCCUGAGGCCCGGCCCUAGUGGGGGACUGCGGGACCCUGUCACUCCCACCAGCCCCACCGUCUCCGUGACAGGGGCUGGAACGGAUGGGCUGCUGGCCCUGAGCGGUUGCACAGGACCUUCAACGGCGGGUAUGGCUGGGGGUCCGGUGCCUAUAGAGCCAGAAGGCCCGCCAGUGCCCUUGCCAUCGGCCUCCUCUCUGCCUCGGAAGCUGCUGCCCUGGGAGGAGGGCCCGGGCCCACCGCCACCACCCCUGCCCGGGCCCCUGGCCCAGCCUCAGGCCUCAGCCUUGGCCACGGUAAAAGCCAGCAUCAUCAGUGAACUCAGCUCCAAGCUUCAGCAAUUUGGGGGCUCCUCGGCAGCUGGUGGCGCUCUGCCCUGGGCCCGGGGAGGCAGCGGGGGAAGCGGGGACAGCCACCACGGGGGAGCCGGCUACGUCCCAGAGAGGACCUCUUCCCUGCAGCGGCAGAGACUCUCUGAAGACUCCCAGUCCUCGAUCCUCUCCAAACCUGUCAGCAGCCUGUUUCAGAACUGGCCCAAACCACCUCUGCCGCCACUCCCCACAGGAAGCGGGGUCCCCCCUUCAGCCGCUGCAGCUCCGGGGGCCACCUCACCCUCAGCCUCCUCCUCCACGUCCACCCGCCACCUCCAGGGCGUGGAGUUCGAGAUGCGGCCACCCCUGCUCCGCCGGGCCCCCAGCCCCUCACUGCUGCCCGCCUCGGAGCACAAGGUCAGCCCUGCGCCCAGGCCCUCGUCCCUGCCCAUCCUGCCUUCCGGACCCCUGUAUCCGGGCCUCUUUGACAUCCGCGGCUCCCCAACCGGGGGGGCAGGAGGCUCAGCUGACCCUUUUGCCCCUGUCUUCGUGCCACCACACCCCGGGAUAUCCGGGGGGCUUGGUGGAGCCUUGUCAGGGGCCUCCCGUUCCCUCUCACCAACCCGCCUGCUUUCGCUGCCCCCGGACAAGCCCUUCGGCGCUAAACCUCUGGGGUUCUGGACCAAGUUCGACGUGGCUGAUUGGCUCGAGUGGCUGGGCUUGGCUGAGCACCGAGCACAGUUCCUGGACCACGAGAUCGAUGGCUCCCAUCUGCCCGCCUUGACCAAGGAGGAUUACGUCGAUCUGGGCGUGACCAGGGUGGGCCACCGCAUGAACAUCGACCGGGCUCUCAAAUUCUUCCUGGAGAGGUGAUGGCUGGCCUGGACGGACCAGCCCGUCCACAGAACCCUUGAGCCUACUGGCCUCUUGACCUCUGACCCCUGACCAUCAUUCUCUUCCCCCUGGGCCAGGGACUCUGCUAGAACUGCGCCCUGCCCUCCUCUCCCAAGGCCGGAGGUCACCAGGUGGCCUGAUCCCGGCCAGACAUUUGCACCUCACAGGAGGGGGCAGCUGACACAAGACUGUGUGAAGCAGGGAGCAGAGGGGGGGGUGAUGGAGGAAAUCACGGAGGGGGAUGGAGAAGGAGGGAAGGGUCGGUUCUGGGGAGGAGGGAACAGACAGAGCCAUAGAGGGUCAGCCCUGAGCCUGAUUGGAUGGGGGUUGGCCGCAGGGGAAGGGGGUACCCUCAGAUUCCACCACCUGCCGCCCCUCUAACAACCCUUCCCCCACCUCUCCAGGCCCCUGGGCUCUCCCCACCUUCCCCUCUCCCCAGCACACACAGCAGCCGCCGCCCCCCUCCCCUCCCCUCCCUGGCCUCUUGCACGCUCCUUUGCACGCCUGCUUGCCUCUCCGCUCCCUGGGCUACAAUUUUGCACAAAUUUGCCCUCUCGCUGUCUUGCACACUCCGCCUUCGCUUCUGGCUCGCGAGACCCUCAGCGCUCAAACACGCCCUGUUUCCCUGGCACACACUGCAUUUCUUCUCCCACGUUCCAUAUCCUUACUGUCUCAAACUCUUGCCUGCGUACUUUUUCCUUGGUACCCUCCCUUACACACCUCACUUCUGAAAAUCUCUAAACCCUUGCUGCAGACACACUUGGGACACCCUUUUCCCUACCCACUCACAAACUCUGUGCACACACAUUUAUUCUGUGAACACACCUGCCUUUAUUCAGCUCUUGCACACUUGCUAUCCCAUGCACUGCUCCUGACACGCUUGCACACGUCUUUAAGCAUUUCUCCUUCUUGUUCUCGAACCCCCACGUUUUCUGACUCUCCCCACCUCUCCCUCUCACAGUGACACUCCCACGCCCUUCCCUGCCCUUCCCCUCCUCACACCAUCACUUAUCCAGCAUCUGGUACACCUGCCUCCCAGGAACUGCUUCUCUCUCAAAUGCUCAUUCCCUUCCUCUUUGCCAGGCUCCCACUCCCGUGCAACCUUCUUUUUCCAAAUCUGUGUCCUGCUUCAUUCUCCGCUCUUCUGUGAACUUUCUCACACACUCAAC